AUGACUUAUAGUAUGGUGACUUGGAUGAAACACGUGGCCUCUCGGGCUGUACUACAGCCGCACUUCACUGAACUAGAAGCUGUGCAAUGGGAGGAUACAACAAUAUUUGAGCUAAUUCGUGAGGAUCCAGGAAUCCUCGGACCCAAGGCAUGGUAUCAAGACCAUUGUCAAGUUCAUUGGACUCCCCCUCCAGAUCAUGAACUAUGCCGAGCUUUUAUUCAGUUCUGCCUGAUGAAAAUGUGUCAUCAUCAAGCGUCUAUGAAGGUUCUGCUAGCAGGAGUAGCUGAAGGUUUGGUCUUACCAGGCUUGUUGCUCAUCACACGAGACCAAAUUUUUGAGGAUACUACACUCAUGGAAAGCGAUGAUAUCAUCUUAAGUCAACCAUCUUCUGGAGCUGAAGCCCUUUGUCUUGGGUGGAAAUCCGCGUUGGUGAACUUCUUCGCCCAAGGAACUCCGGAGCUGGAGCUUCCGGCAGUAACUGCGUUGCGGGAGCUCCGAGUCUGGUCUCACAAAAUCACUAGAGCCAACAGGUCUGGGAUGGAACAAGCUAUCUUGGCAAGUAGUUCUGGACUGGGUCAUGAACUCCUCCGGAUUGCCCACCCCCAGGUGGAUUUGGAGAAAAAGACCCCUUACAUGUCCCUGAGCUUUCAAAGAUAUCGUUGGAAAGAGAGUCUCCUCAGUUGUUUGGUGGGAUUUGUGGAUCUUGUUGUCCCCCCUGCUAUAGGUAUCAGCCAGGUCACCAAACGAAACGCCCUUGAAUUUUUGCAACUGCUUUCCUUGCAUCGAAUGUGUCCAUUUCGAUCUAACUAUGCCUCUGUAUUUGCAUUUUCCUCCGAGAAGUGCUUCUUGGUUGAAGCCGUUCGAUGGAUGUUGCCCACAAUGGCCUCCAAGGUAUCCCCUGAGUCUGGUGCUUGGAUAUCCCAAGCCUCCUUGAGCCAUUUAUUUCGUCAUAUCUGUGGUUUCACCCCUAAGGAAUUGGAAGCUCUAGGGCUAGAUGAGGAAUUGCUUCUGGUUCUGAUUCUGUCUGCUCGGCUGAGGCUCCUCCGCCGGAAGGUGUCAAAAGAUUUUCAUACCCGGUUCCGGCACGAGGUCCAUCCUUCGACAGGGGUCUGUCGUCUUUGCUACUCUGAGCCAGAAGAUUCCAAGUGCAUAAGAUACUGGACGGUACAGUCCACCCCUCACACGGAAAUACACGGAAAGGUUGUCACACCAUAUCCCGCCAAUGAUCCUGAUCGCCUUACACCAACACUGGGCCUUGAGAAGAAUGCUGACUAUGUGCAUUUGGCCGAUCUGAAGUUGCGAAAAAUUGCCAGCCGGCCCCUGGUGCUGGCUCGUUGCCAACGUGAUGUCACCCUGUUGAUCGAGGCCGGCUCCCCCAAGAAAGUGUUGGCCGGUGUUUCUUUUAACACCUUUUCAGCCCAAGAUCUUCAGGAGAUGCGAUGUGAUGCCUCGGCUUCCAAGGAAAUCCGAGCCCUUAAAAGGGGUUACCAGUUCCAGAGGUUUCGCUGGGGCCAGAUGCAUCCCAUAGGCUCCCGAAAACCUUGUGGGGGCAGACCUGGAGAUACCUAUACUGGCUAUGCUGGCAUGGAGGUGACUGAUACUGAACACAUUAGGCUGCUCUUUUCUCAUGCGGCUGAUGUGGAAAGGAUGGUGGCUGCUGUUGCUCCAUUGCACCCUGAUGCCACCAGAGAGCUCCGGGAUUUGUCUGCUGAAGUCAAUUCAUUGGGGGGAAUAGGAGCCACCGCCUAUUACUGUUGGAACUUUGUGGCUCUUCAACAUGUCGACCAUGAUGCCACAUGGACAAUAUCAUUGCAGACAUGCAAGGAGGCCAGACAAGAUGAGUUCAACUUUGUCCUGAUGGACCUGGGUUGCUAUGUGGAAACCCGUGAAAAUUCAUUGUGGUGGUUCCAUGGCUCCCAGACCCACGGCACUGUAGUUCCCAGAUUGUCAUCCAUGUCAUCAAACAAAAAUCUAUCCCAGGGCAUUGGAGUUACAUUACCCCUCGCCUCUUUGCAAGGAGCACGUAACCAAAACCAGGCAAGAGCCGCGUUUGUACCGUUGGCACAAAGAUGGAAUAUGAAUUAA